UGUUGCCACAUCAGCACCACCAUCACCGUUGCCGCCACCGUUGCUGUAAAUGAAAGUUCAGUAAUCUCCGUGUGUAGAUCGCGCUCGCGCCGACUCCGAUAGACGUGGUAGACGCGAAUCACUACUGGAAACGGUGCAAUAUGCUAAAUUCUUCUUGAACGCAUCGCGUUAGUACCCUGUGGAGGUUCUACGCACGAGGAAAAACUUGGCGCUGUGUAAAUCAUACAUUGAAUAUUUUAUCGUCGAACCACUUGCUGAUUGAAGGAACAUCACUAUGAGUGCUCCUCCACAAGUACAAAAGAAGUGUGGGACCGUCAAGGAGGUCAAGUCUGGUGAUACCAUUAUUAUCAGAGGUCCAGUCAUUGAUGGUCCACCACCUGAGAUUCAACUUAAACUGUCUAACAUUACUGCUCCGAAAGUAGCUCGUGCUGCUACUAAAAAUAAAAAUAUUCCUGAAACUAAAGAUGAACCAUAUGGUUGGGAAGCUAGGGAAUUCCUCCGUAAGAAACUCAUUGGGCAGAAUGUGUUUUUUACACAUGAGAACCCUCCAAAGUCUACUGUAAACUAUGGAACAGUGUGGCUGGCAAAAGGUAACAUAGCUGGCGAGAAUGUUACUGAAUCAUUAGUGUCUGAAGGUCUAGUGUUUGUAAGAGGAGAUGUUCGCAAUGUUACUCCAGAAUUGGCUCGUUUGCAAGAGUUAGAAGAAAUGGCCAAAGCUGCUGGCAAGGGCAGAUUCUCAUCUGACCCACCAUCCAAUCACGUGCGUGAUGUAAAAUGGGUUGUGGAGGAUCAACGUGCCCUGUUUGACAAGUUUGGCGGAAAACCCAUUAAAGCAAUCAUUGAGAAAGUCCGAGACGGCUCAUCCGUAUACGCAUUCCUUUUACCCGAUUUCUACAACAUCACCUUAAUGAUUUCUGGCAUCCGAUGUCCUGAAUUCAAGCAAAACAAAGAUGAAAUCAUUGAUGAGCCUUACGGUCGAGAAGCACAGUUCUUUGUUGAGUUUCGCCUCCUGCAGAGAGACGUGGAAAUAGUACUAGAGUCCGUCGAGAAUAAUGCCUUCAUUGGUAGUAUCCUCCACCCUAGAGGUAACAUCGCCGAACAACUUCUGGAGCAAGGUUUUGCAAAAUGCGUUGAUUGGUCUAUGAAUAAUUGUACAAAAUCCGUCGUGGAGAAGAUGCAUCUCGCGGAAAAACGUGCAAAAGAGCAGCGAUUACGUAGAUGGAAGGACAACUAUGUACCAUCCGGUCCACAAAUAUCGAAUAAAGAUCGGGAAUUUACUGGUAUUGUCACUGAAAUUGCUAAUAACGCAGAAUCGCUUAUAGUGAAGCUGCCAAAUGGCGAUACCAAGAAGAUAUUUUUGAGCAGUAUUCGACCGCCAAGAGAAAAGAGGCCUCCAGGCGAAGAGGGUAAAAUUACUCCGAGAUCAAAGGACUUCCGUCCUCUCUACGACAUCCCGUGGAUGCUUGAGGCGCGCGAAUUUUUGCGCAAAAAACUCGUGAGAAAACCUGUCAAAGUUGUCGUUGAUUAUAUUCAGCCAGCUAAGGAUAAAAUGCCUGAGAAAGUUUGCUGUACCGUUACCAUUGGCAAAGUUAACAUUGCAGAAGCUAUGGUAUCCAAGGGUCUUGCUACCGUCGUGAAGUAUAAACAGAAUAACGAUCAGCGUUCUUCGCAUUACAAUGACCUUCUCGCUGCUGAAAGCAAAGCUGAAAAAUCUCAAUACGGCGUACAUGCAAAGAAGGAUAAUCCAAUUCAUCGUGUAACAGAUCUCUCUGGAAAUCCCACCAAAGCCAAAUCCCACUUGGCUUCUUUGAAACGUGCACGUGGCACGAAAGCCGUUGUGGAAUUCGUGACGAGCGGUUCCCGUGUGAAACUUUAUCUCUACAAGGAGUCUCUUCUCAUCACAUUCUUACUAGCUGGUGUUAAAGCACCAAGAGGACCUCGACCAUCCCCAGGAGGCGGUGGUACCAUCCCUGGAGAACCCUACAGCGAGGAAGCCCUAUUAUUCACUACGGAGCAUUGCCUACAACGUGAAGUAGAAAUUAAUGUCGAAGGCAUGGACUCCAAGGGAAGUAAUUUCAUCGGAUGGUUAUUCGUUGAUGGAGUAAACUUGUCCGUCGCCCUUGUCGAGGAAGGUCUCGCCGAGGUACCUAGUUUCGGUGCUCUUGGUGAACACAUUAAUACUCUUAAAGCAGCCGAGGAGCGUGCCAAGUCUAAGAAUCUUAACAUUUGGAAAGACCGCAUCGACGUUGAAGAGGAAACGAAGAAAGUCGACGAAGAGCGCGAGGUCGUUAAAAGAAAGAUCGAUUACCGUGAAGUCAGAAUCUCUGAAGUGACGGAAGAGCUCCACUUCUAUGCUCAGAAUGUAGACCAGGGCGAUCAAUUGGAAGAACUCUUAUCACGGUUACGCCAAGAACUGACAGCCAACCCUCCACUUCCUGGUGCAUACAAUCCUAAGAGAGGCGAACUAGCCGCUGCGAAAUUUACCUGCGAUGACCAGUGGUAUCGUGUCAAAAUUGAAAAGGUCACUGGCACGAAGAUCAGCGUCUUCUACAUCGAUUAUGGUAACCGAGAGACACUUGACGUCACGAGGGUCGCAUCUCUGCCUGCUGAAUUCGCAUCCGCUGGUUCAUUCGCAACCGAAUACGCUCUCGCGUGCGUCGCCUUGCCUCCUGACAACGAUGAUAAGAAGGCAGCUUACGAAGCACUUCUUCAAGACAUAGUGGAUAGAACUCUAAAAUUGAAUGUCGAAUACAAAGUAGCUGGUUUGCCACAUGCUACUCUAGUGGAUCCAGAAACCAACGAUGACAUCGGUCUGGCUCUUGUUCAAGAUGGCUACGUACUAGUGGCAAACAUUCAGGAGAGAAGGCUCGAGGAACUGAUUAAGGAAUACAAGACAGCAGAAGAUAAGGUGAAGGCAGAACACCGUAACAUUUGGCAGUACGGUGACAUUAGAGAAGAUCCUAAAGAAUUCAGUGGUACUCGUUAAUCGGUAUUUCAUGUCGCUCAGGAAUAUAAAAAGACACAAGAACAACAAAACAAAGGGGAUAUUAAAAGAAAAAGAAAUAUAAGAUACCAAGGAAAAGGCAUAAUAUUAUAGAUUCUACAAUAAAUACAUAUUGAUUCAUAAUAAUAGAUUUACAAAAGAAUGUGCGACAGUAUGGAGAUUUUGGAUGUUCCAUCAGGUUGUGAUUCAAUUAUGUUCGAAUAGAUACAAAGAAAGAGAAAGAAAGACAAAUUAUAAAUUGUAAAUAAUAUUCUUCAUACGACCGAGAAGAACUAAUAACAUAAAGGUGAACGAAAAUUAAUGUGAAUGGUCCCUUGCCCAUCAUCAUCAUCAUCAUCAUCAUCAUCAUUACUUUCCUGUCCAAUGAGACUGCUGUCAUUGAUGUCAUGUAUACUUACAUACAAUGUCAGAUUAACUUUUUUUUUUAUAUAUACCUCUAUCAUUUUAUCUUGUCAAUGCUCUCCCAAUCGCCCACGGCCCACAAUGAUGCCAGGUAUAUAAUGAGGCUCAAAACCAAUUAAACAUGAAUUGUAUAAAAGGAAAUAAUAAUUCGCCACUUUAUACAUGGCUCACGUUCAAUUCUAUAUUACUUUCUAUCAAGAUACGAUCAACGUCACGGAGUCUCGGUCGUCCUUUAGAUUAAACUUUAUGUUGUAUAUUAAUAAUAACAAUCCGGUAUCGCAACGACUGUUUUUUAAAUGUUAACACAGAACUCGAAAUUCAUACAACACAAUUCUAAUUGUUCGUGAUAUUAUCUUUAUACGUCUCUAUAAACGAUAAUCAAAGACGUUAAUUAAUUUAAAUGAAAAUCUAUUGUAGCAACAUGUAAACUUUCACGAACGUUAUCAGGUGUUGUGUGACGGAUUUGUCAUAAGUAUUUUAGAUUUAUAAAUUUCAAUAAUAACAAUUAUCUCUGUUUCGUUUGACUGAAGGAAUGAGACUCCAAUCAUACAUUGCGGUAUAGAUUAUAAGUACUACAGAAAGUGAUUUCUCUUGAUUAUAUUUGCAAAUGACAAAUAUUCUUUACUAUUUUGCUUCUUUGCACUGUAUUGCAUGACUCUUAUUAAAUCAUGUAACACUGCACCAAUCGCUGGCAAGAAUCUAAUUGUAUGAUAUUGUACAAUAGAUUCAAGAUAGUGCAACAUUAUAAAGAUUCUUGAUCGAGAGGCAACCCCUUGUAACAUACAGUCACUCAAGAACAGAAAGGAUUUUAUUAACGAUCUUAAUAAUAAUGUCUGCACGUCUUCUUCACACAAUCUUCUUGAUACUUUUGCGUUUAUUUAAUCGUCUGUACGCAAAAACUUUCUCCUAUAAUACUCGAGCAGUUGAUGUAUUAAUUAAUUAAUUGCGAUAUAAGAAAUUUUUGAAAAAUUUUGGCGAGCCAUAUGUAUUUAAAAAAAGAUACAUUCCACAUAUUUAUAUAACAAUAAGGGAAGCGCAUGACAAAUAAAGGUGCGAGACCACAAUAUAUAUUGUACAAGUUUAAAACAAUUUAUACGUACCAUACGUGAGUGUAAUUCAGGAAUUUUUCAGAAAGUAAUAUUUACUGAUAAAUAAUAACGUUGCAUGUCAAUAUUAUUAUUAAUAUUAUCAUUAAUACCGAACAUCGUUCUAACGCAGUAUCUAUAAUAGCGUGUAGCGUUGUUACGUAUUCAUGAAACAAUCGCGGAAUUGAGAUUUGCGUACGAACACAAAGCUUGGAUUCAAUAUUUAGAAUUGGUCAAAUGAAAUAGACAAAUAGUAAUUUUUUCAAGCAAAUAUAUUGCAGUCUCUUCAUCGUUUA